GCAGGCGGGCGAGGCAGGCCCGGAGGCUGGGGUGCCGCCUCCGUUGCAACGCCGGGGCGAGAGUCUUACAGGCGAGGGCCCGCAGGGGUCCCCGCGGCCGCUGCGAUGCAGAAAUACGAGAAACUGGAGAAGAUUGGGGAAGGUACCUAUGGAACAGUGUUCAAGGCCAAAAACCGGGAGACUCAUGAGAUCGUGGCUCUGAAACGGGUGAGGCUGGAUGACGAUGAUGAGGGAGUGCCGAGUUCUGCCCUUCGGGAAAUCUGCCUGCUCAAAGAGCUGAAGCACAAGAACAUUGUCAGGCUCCAUGAUGUCCUGCAUAGUGACAAGAAGCUGACUUUGGUUUUUGAGUUCUGUGACCAGGACCUGAAAAAGUAUUUCGAUAGCUGCAAUGGUGAUCUAGACCCUGAAAUUGUGAAGUCAUUCCUUUUCCAGUUGCUAAAAGGCCUGGGAUUCUGUCACAGCCGCAAUGUGCUGCACAGGGACCUGAAGCCCCAGAACCUGCUCAUAAAUAGGAAUGGGGAGCUGAAAUUGGCUGACUUUGGUUUGGCUCGAGCCUUUGGGAUUCCCGUUCGCUGUUACUCAGCUGAGGUGGUCACGCUGUGGUACCGCCCACCGGAUGUCCUCUUUGGGGCCAAGCUGUACUCCACGUCCAUCGACAUGUGGUCAGCCGGCUGCAUCUUUGCAGAGCUGGCCAAUGCUGGGCGGCCCCUCUUCCCUGGCAAUGAUGUAGACGACCAGCUGAAGAGGAUCUUCAGACUGCUGGGGACGCCCACUGAGGAGCAGUGGCCCGCCAUGACCAAGCUGCCAGACUAUAAGCCCUACCCAAUGUACCCUGCCACCACAUCCCUGGUGAACGUCGUGCCAAAGCUCAACGCCACAGGGAGGGACCUGUUGCAGAACCUCCUCAAGUGUAACCCUGUCCAGCGCAUCUCAGCAGAAGAGGCCCUGCAGCAUCCCUACUUCUCUGACUUCUGUCCACCCUAGGCUCCAGGACCCCUGGUGUCAGGCUGGGGCCUGGCCUACUUAAGCCCCUCGGGGAGGGGAGGGAGACAAGGGUUCACGAUGCGCUAGGGCUCCAGCUGUGCUGGGCCUAGCAGGGGUGGAGGCACCCUGCCUGGAUUCUUCACUCCCUUCAUGGACUUUAUUUAAUUUCAUAAAUUGGCUCCUUUCCCACA